AUGCCCCCGAAAUCUACGAGUUCGACUGCUGACGAGCAUUACACAGUUGAAAAGUUAGAGAGAAACUUGGAAAACAUCGGAUCUGUCGAGGAGUUCGAGGCGAAAAAGCCAUACGACAUCAAAAUAGUCUGGAAAAAUGUCAUCAUACUUUCUCUUUUGCACGUCGGAGCUUUUUACGGUCUCUAUCUGGUCUGCACUUCGGCCAAAGUUUUCACCUUCGUAUUUACGUGUUGUUACAGUCAUCUCGGUGGAAUGGGAAUAACAGCUGGAGUGCACAGACUUUGGGCUCAUCGAGCUUACAAAGCUAAGUGGCAACUUCGGCUGCUUUUAACAUUCUGCAAUACCAUUGCAUUUCAGGACCCCGUUAUUCACUGGGCAAGAGACCAUAGACUUCAUCACAGGCAUGCGGAGACAGACGCCGAUCCCUACAACGCCAAGAGAGGAUUCUUCUUCGCUCACGUUGGCUGGCUUCUCUGUCGAAAGCAUCCCGAAGUCAAGGAGAAGGGAAAAACCAUCGAUGUAAGCGACUUGUUCAGCGAUCCCAUCCUCAGAUUUCAAUACGACCACUAUUUUGCGCUGACGAUCUUAUGCGCUGCGAUCAUUCCGACUGUCGUGCCAGUGUACGGCUGGAACGAAUCUUGGACCAGCGCUUUCUUCGUCGCGACAGUCAUGCGUUACAUAUUGUCGCUACACUCGACGUGGCUCGUCAAUUCGGCCGCUCAUUUUUAUGGAAACAGACCCUACGACAGAAACAUAUAUUCCGCGGAAAAUGGAGCCGUGGCUUUUCUGACUUUCGGGGAAGGCUGGCACAAUUAUCAUCACGCUUUUCCAUGGGACUACAAAACGUCAGAGUUGGGAAGUUAUUCGUUAAACAUGACCAAUGCUUUCAUUGACUUUAUGGCGUGGAUAGGCUGGGCUUACGACCGCAGAACCGUCUCCACGGAUAUGGUCAAACGUCGAGUCAAGAGAACAGGGGAUGGGAGUCAUUGGCAGUGGGGCUGUGAUGGUAAAUCUGUUGAAUAUUCAUGACCAAUUAAUCAGAUUUUAGAUUUUGUAUCUUUAGCGCACAAUCUAAGAACUCUUUCG